CACCCGGGCGGCGGGACGCGGAGCGCCUGGCACUGCCAUGCAGGGCCCGAGUGUGACCGCGACGACGACCGCGAGCCUGAGCGCGAGCCCCCGUGUGGCGCGGCUCCCCCGGCGGAGGCGGCGGGCGCGGGGCGCGCUCUGAGGCCCGGGGGAUGCGUGGCCGCGGCCAUGGGCGCCGCGGCCUCCAGGAGGAGGGCACUGAGAAGCGAGGCCGUGUCCUCGGUGGCGGCCAAAGUGCGCGCAGCCCGAGCGUUUGGAGAGUACCUGUCCCAGAGUCACCCUGAGAGCCGCAACGGGGCAGACCACCUGCUGGCUGACGCCUACUCUGGUCACGACGGGUCCCCCGAGAUGCAGCCAGUCCCCCAAAACAAGCGCCGCCUAUCCGUCGUCUCCAAUGGCCGCUAUGAGGGCAGCCUCUCAGAUGAGGCUGUCAGUAGGAAGCCAGCUGCCGAGGCCCCCAAACCCCGUGUGUACACCAUCUCCGGGGAGCCAGCGCUGCUGCCUGGUCCUGAGACUGAGGCCAUUGAGCUAGCAGUGGUGAAAGGGCAGCAGCAGCGGGAGCGGCAUCCUCACCACCACAGCCAGCCUCUCCGCGCCAGCCCAGGCAGCAGCCGUGAGGACAUCAGCAGGCCCUGCCAGAGUUGGGAAGGUAGCCGCCAGGGCUCCAAAGAAUGUCCUGCAUGUGCCCAGCUGGCCCCUGGGCCCUCCCCACGGGCCUUUGGGCUGGAUCAGCCAACGCUGCCAGAGGCCUCUGGCCGCCGCAAGAAGCUGGAGAGGAUGUACAGCGUCGAUCGAGUGUCAGAUGACGUCCCCAUCCGCACAUGGUUCCCCAAGGAGAGCCUGUUCAGCUUCCAGACGGCAACCACAACUAUGCAAGCGGUGUUCAGGGGCUACGCGGAGAGGAAGCGCCGGAAACGGGAGAAUGAUUCCGCGUCUGUAAUCCAGAGGAACUUUCGCAAACACCUGCGCAUGGUUGGCAGUCGGCGGGUGAAGGCCCAGACGUUCGCUGAGCGGCGCGAGCGGAGCUUCAGCCGGUCCUGGAGCGACCCCACCCCCAUGAAAGCCGACACUUCCCACGACUCCCGAGACAGCAGUGACCUGCAGAGCUCACACUGCACGCUGGAUGAGGCCUGUGAGGACCUGGACUGGGAAACAGAGAAGGGCCUUGAGGCCGCAGCCUGCAGCACCGAGGGCUUCCUGCCGCCCAAGGUUAUGCUCAUCUCCUCCAAGGUGCCCAAAGCCGAGUACAUUCCCACCAUCAUCCGCAGGGAUGACCCCUCCAUCAUCCCCAUCCUUUACGAUCACGAGCACGCAACCUUCGAGGAUAUCCUGGAGGAGAUAGAGAAGAAGCUGAACGUGUAUCACAAGGGGGCCAAGAUCUGGAAGAUGCUGAUUUUCUGUCAGGGAGGCCCUGGACACCUCUAUCUGCUGAAGAACAAGGUGGCCACCUUUGCCAAAGUGGAGAAGGAAGAGGACAUGAUCCACUUCUGGAAGCACUUGAGCCGCCUGAUGAGCAAGGUGAACCCAGAGCCAAAUGUCAUCCACAUCAUGGGCUGCUACAUCCUGGGGAACCCCAAUGGGGAGAAGCUGUUCCAGAAUCUCAGGAACCUCAUGACUCCCUACAGGGUCGCCUUUGAGUCACCCUUGGAGCUGUCUGCCCAAGGGAAGCAGAUGAUCGAGACCUACUUUGACUUCCGGCUGUACCGCCUGUGGAAGAGCCGCCAGCACUCGAAGCUGCUGGACCUCGAUGAGGUCCUGUAAGGGGCCGGGCCAUGCCAGCUACCCCGGGGCCAUGGGCACUGCACCCAGGACACAUGGUCCUGGUCUUGUCCAGAGUUCUUUAGGGGCCCCAGGAGGUCACUCAGGUUUUCGUGGGUCUGGUCCUCACUGGACCCACGGCCCUAAGGCCUUGGUCCAGGCCCAGCAGACACUCAGUGGCUGGGGCACCGACCUGCUGUGCCUCGCCUGGAGGCUGCAGUGUUGAGAUCCCCUCUUCGGGGUUCAUAGAAAUAAGUGCAAUUUCUUAUGCCCCUGAAACAGUCUGAAGGGAAGCAGCAUUACUAGUUAACUAGUCCAGCGCUAUGCUACUAGUUAUGGCAUAGACUACCCGGCCCAGUGUGUGUCCACGUCCUUGCUCCCUAGCCCUUCAGCCCUGCCGUAUCUGAUCACCAGCACCAGGAUGGCCCGUCUAUCAGCUUCCCCUUUUUUCCUACUCCCCCGCUCACUCUGACCUCAGCCAGUGAGGGGUGGCCAGGCAGGGGCGCUGUGGGGUGGGAGCCACUUUCGUUGGCCUUGUUUGGAGGCCUCCUCUCCGCACAGAGGCCUGGGCCUGGGCCCUGCAGGGUGAGAACCACAUUGGAUGCUGCCAGCCCCGGCACCCGAGGCCUGAGCCCAAGGAGCUUAUGGGUGGCAGGGUCCCCAGCUCCCCUUCCCUGCCUUGCCCAGGGCCCACAGGUGGGCUCUCCUGUACAUAGCUGGGGCUUGGGGGCAGGCCCCCCUUUUGCAGAGCCCAGGGCCAAGGGCACCUGGCUGUGUCCCUGGCCGGGAUGGGGCUAGCUCUAUACGAUGUACGAUACCUUAGAGUGACCAUUAAACCUGAUCCUCUGCUGCG